UUCUCCUUGAACCUCCAUUGAUAACAUCAAAGGUGUGUUCGUUGUUUGAUUAAGAAUGGAGGAAGGCGUAAGGAGAUGGGUGGUAGACAUAUCGAAGUGGGACCCUCACCCUCUUGACUUCUCCUUCGCUCUCUCCCUCCUUCCUUCCCAUGAACACUCCUCUGUCACCAGGUUUAUUAACAUGGAAGACAGGAAACGGGCACUUGUCAGCAGAAUCCUUCAGUAUGCUCUUGUAUAUGAUGUGAUGGAAAUCCCAUUUGGCGAAAUCAUCAUAAAACGAACAUUGGAAGGGAAACCAUAUUUGGUUUAUGAUAAUUUUGGUCUUAGAUUCCCAAAUUUCAAUUUCAAUGUAUCCCAUCAUGGUGACUAUGUGGCCAUAGCAUCUGAACCAGUAUGCCUUGUGGGGUUAGACAUUGUCUGCUAUGCUAUACCGCAGGGAGAAACAAUUACAGAAUUCAUUCAAUUCUUUUCAUCAUACUUUUCAAGUUUGGAAUGGGAUAACAUAGUUAAUGCUGGCACUUCAGAUGAUGUAUUAAUUGAAUUUUACAGGUAUUGGAGCCUAAAAGAAGCAUAUGUUAAAGCCAUAGGCAGUGGACUGACUGAAGGGUUAAAUAAAGUGGAGUUUUCUCACAUGAGCUGGACUAAUAUAUCAGCUACAGUAGAUGGAAAGGUUAUGACAGACUGGAGAUUUUGGCUGUUUGAGCUUGGAGAGAGACAUUGUGUAUCAAUUGCGAGAGGUCACCCACGAUCAGCUGCUAUGAGCUACAAAACAACAUUGAAGAAAGUGAAUUUUACUGAAGAUGAAUAUAAUCUAGGUCUUCAUCUUCCAAGUUUAGACUUUGUUAAACUAGGUGUAGAACAACUUGUUUCGAUUUUACGGGAAGCAUCUGAUUGUAAGCAUAGAAAUCGGACGUUAAUGUGAAUCUAAGAAAAAAGAUUUAUAUAUAUCAACGGAAACAUUGUUAUGUUUACAUAUAAAAUUCAAUACAUCAGAUAAAGAGGA